GACGCGCCGCGCGCCGCGCUCGAUCGCCGGCUGGUGAUCGGGCCGGCGUUCCUCCCGCCGGACGUGCGCGUGACGCCGCUCUCGCUGCUCGGCUGGCGCACGUCCGGGCCGCUCCUGCUGGCCGUCAACCGCGGCGCGCGGCUGGUGCCGGACCUGCGCGCGGCUGGGCCGCUGCUGCGCGUGUACCAGCUGAGCGGCCGGCUGGGCAUCGCCACCAACACGCUGUUCGCCGACGGCCGUGCCACCGACCGCGCCACAUACGGCCAUGUGACACGCGGCCGACUGGAGGCGGUGCUGGCCGGCCUGCAGGCGGCGCACCAGCGGCUGAUGUUCGAGCACUCCGGCCUGCCGGUCAACUCGCAGGCGGCGUACGAGCUGGCGUCGCGCGGCCCGCCGCGGCCGGUCCGGGGCUCUCCACCCGUGCUGUACGGCAUCCGCUGCGUGCAGUUCGCGCCGCCGUUCUUCACGCUGGAGGUACACACCAUCAACGAGUCUGAGCAGUACCUGCUGACGCUGGUGCAGGACCUGGGCCGCCAGCUGCGCUCGGCCGCCACCACCGUGCGCGUCCGCUGCCUCCGCCACGGCCCGUUCACGCUCGAGCAUUCGCUGCUGCUGAAGCACUGGCGGCUGGCUCACGUUCGCGACAACAUGUCGCAGUGUCUGACGAUAGCUGCCAGCGAGCUAUGCCAGCCGCUGCCGGGCACGCUGCGGCCGGUGGCGGCGGCUCCCGAGCGGCUACCCGCCGGCUAGCGACGCCCCCGGCCCGGGGACCGGUAGCCGGUCGCCGGGACCAGCCGAGUAGCCGGGACCGGCCUGUGGACUGGUCAGGGUCGGCGGAUGGUCGGUGAGACUGCUGCUGCGAAGGACGGAGCGCUGCGCCCGAGCCUGGUGGCUGAUGGUGGCGGCAGUGGGUCGUGACUUGAAGCGUCUAGUCAGCGGCUGGCCGCACCUCCCACGGGUCAUGGUGUCAUGGUGUCAUGGUCAUGGCGGUGUCAUGGUAGUGUUUCAUGUCGACACCUGUGAUGCUGGCAGCAGGGGUAAGAUUCCGAAUAAAUGGGACGUUU